AUGAGCCUACUCAAAAACUUCUCAGUUUUUUCCAUCAUAUGCAUCACCCUUUGUUUUCCAACUUCAACCAAUGCAGCGCGUUUCGAUAUCCAAAACAAAUGUGCCUUCACAGUCUGGGCAGCAGCCUCACCAGGCGGUGGAAGGCAGCUUAACAGUGGCGAAUCUUGGCCUUUAGAUGUGAGCUCCGGCACUACUGGGGCCCGCAUUUGGGCACGAACGGGAUGCAGCUUCGAUGGAGCUGGACGUGGCAGCUGCCAAACAGGUGAUUGUGGAGGUGUCCUCCAAUGCCAAGGCUAUGGCCAACCCCCAAACACCCUAGCAGAAUAUGCACUUAACCAAUUUAACAACCUAGAUUUUUUUGAUAUUUCUCUGGUUGAUGGGUUCAAUGUCCCAAUGGACUUUAGUCCCACGGACAAUGGAUGCACUAAGGGGAUACAAUGCACGGCUGAUAUUAAUGGGCAGUGUCCUAACGAAUUGAAGGCUCAAGGAGGCUGCAACAACCCUUGCACUGUGUUUAAAACUGAUCAAUAUUGCUGCAAUUCUGGGAGCUGUAGCCCUACAGACUUCUCUAGGUUUUUCAAGGAUCGGUGCCCGGAUGCUUAUAGUUACCCCAAGGAUGACCAAACCAGCACAUUUACAUGCCCUACUGGGACUAACUAUAGGGUUGUGUUCUGCCCAUGA